AUUUUCCUCAUCACUUUUAUAAGCUUACAUUUUCAAAUUAGUUUUUAAUUAUAAAAAUUUCAUGCAAGUCCCAACUAAAACAAAAACGAAAUAGUUCUAUUAGUAAAUUUUCGAAGUGCAAGGGAGGUGAAUUUCUUUUUCACUUUCAAGAACUCUUUUUUCAAUUGAAUUUCAAUUUAGGUUGGAAAUAUACCCAGUAUUUCCGAUUCUAAUUCUGAAUUCAGCCCUCAAUAGGUUUUGGAGUUGAGACUUGAGAACUUCCAAUUCCAAAGUCCAAACGAUUUGACAAUCAAAUCAUUUUCUAUUCCGUCCGUUGUCGUAAUUGCUGGCGCCGAUGGCUACGUCGGGGCGGCGUCUUUCAUGAUCGAUUGAGGUGACAAAGAUUGGUCCUGAUCGGGGCAGGAGGAUCCAUUUGAGCUUUUGGGAGUUCUCUAACUUCAGGUAAUUCAUCGGAAAAGUGAAUUAUUAUCGUAAUAGUCGUAGUUCUUUGACCUUAAAAAUAGCAUUUCAUCAACAGUUUUGUAUAUCAAAAUGAAAUGAGGUACUAGAUGAUUAUGCGUCUUUCAAUAAAAUUAGCAUUUGAUCAACAACUUAGCGUAUGAAAUCCCAAGUGUGCUUCAUAUUUGAAGAUUCUGCUCCUGAGAUUCAUACAUAUGGUCCCAUCCAACUAGAGUCGGUUUUAGGUCAAAGAUAACGAGCCAUAACAUUAGGUACAGGAAAAGAUGGUUUCGCCAUGGUUAAUGGUAAUGUGCAAUGCUUUUGCUCAUGUUUAUAUUCCGCAGAUAAACGUCAUAUUCAAAGUUCACUUUCUGGCAUCCAAAUAAUUUUUACCAGUUAGCCUAAUAUUUUCUAUAUGAUUUGGAAUAGGCGAAUAGCAUUAUAAUGCUGAACACCAAACAUAAAUAGAGUAUCAUCGCAAGCACAUGCACCUUGGAUUGUGGCUGUGGACAUAAUAUGUGGCAGUUAAUCUAGGAUCUAGAUAGCAAUGUUCUUGUACUCCUCCAGUAGUUUCUUUCAGUUUGCUGGAAGUGUGGCUGCAGUGGAGUUGUACCUCCUGCUAACUUUACUUCAUAAGCUUGACUUUCUAAAUUCUCAAAUUUACCAAGAAAUCUUCACAUCCGGUAAUGCAAUUUCCAAUUCGGUUCAAACAUGCAACGUGAAUACUGAAUAGCAAAUCUAAGUACCGUUAUUUGCCAUUAUGUUCUGAACACUACUCUCAAUGCAAUUCUUCUACAUUUAUUGUAUUUUGGUGGUUUGUGUUUUAGCUUGGUCUAGGUUUUAAAUCUUAUAUAUAUCCUUUUGAUGCAUACAUUUCUAAGGGAAAUCUCAUGGAAGUUGUGAAAACUCUUAUAUGUAUCGAUGCGUAUAUUGACUGCUGUGUUGCCUAGACUUUUAUGUAUUUGUUCCAUUCCAGAUCAUCUUGAUAAGCCUUGUUGUCUGAACUUGUCAUCCCUCCACUUUUUUGUAUAUUUAUGAAUUGCAGCAGCACUUACUCUCAAUUCUUCUUCACUCCAUCCCCUUCUUUUCUCUUUGAUAGCUGUACAUGGGGAAAGAGAAACGAUACUUCACUUGGACCACAGAAAUGGAUAAAGUUCUUGGGGCUUGCUUAAAAGAAGAAUUGAAUAAAGGAAACAGAUUGGAUGGCAAAUGUGCAUGGAAACCUACAUCUUGGACUGCUGCUAUGAAUACUCUUUUGAGGCAACUCAAUGUUAGGAUCGAGAAGAAGCACCUCACGUCUCGUUUGAAGACAUGGCAUAAACACUAUGAGAUCUUGCAUCCUUUACUGGUUUCGUGCGCUUUUAAUUCCGCAAUUAUAUGGGAUCACUCAAAUGGGAGAAUUAAAGUUAAUGAUGAAAAUGUGUGGAAUGAACAAUUAGAGGCCAAUCCAAAGCUUGCACCCUAUAGGAAAAAAAUUGUGAUUGAGAAUUGGGAUGAUAUAUGUAUUCUCUUCUCCAAAGCUUUUGUUACUGGACAAUGUGGAAACCUCACUAGAGAGACAAACAAAGAGAAAGAACUUGGAUCUUCCAAAGAAGAAGAGUCAUUUGGGACUAAUGAGAGAACAGUGGAGAAGGAUGAUUUAGGGAGCACUCCGUUGGAUGGACAAAAACGCUGGUUGAAUGCAUCAUCUUCAUCUGGUUCUCAAGAUUCGAAGAGGAGACUCACAACCUCACAAACAAUGGCUGAUGUGUUGGGCAGGAUGGCUGAUUCGCUCAAUAGAUUCGUGAUGGCAAAAACAAAAAAAGCUACUACCCAAGAAGUUCUAAGAGAAUUGCAAAAAGUCGACUUGACCCGCACACAAAUGUUGACGGUGCUGGAUAUGAUGAUGCAUGACCAAAUACUAUUUGAUACCUUUGUUGGUUUGCCAAGUGACCUGCGACAGCCAUGGAUCUUGAUGCAACUUACAAAGUGAUCAAUGUAUUUUCUUGUUCUUUCUAGUCUUUCUAUUACAUGAAAGUUUCGGAUUGGAUUAACGGUCUGCAACAUGGGGUACUCAUUGUUAUCUUUUUGAUGAAUCAAUCAUAGGAUUAGAUCUUUCGGCUUGCUGAAUUUGUUAGAUUGGCGCAGGUAGAAAUUUGGUUUUCGAUUAGUUAUAUAGAUGUUGUGUCUGGCGUUUUGGUGUUUGAUUCGAAUUUCAAGUACCAUUUCAUCGUAGUAAUUGUUCAAUAUCAACACUCCUUGCUGUGUCAGCUAUUUGUUGAAAAUUUACAAUAGCUUUUACGGCUAGUAUCAGGAUGGUGUUAAAACAAUAUAAUUAGUAUACAUGUCAAAACAUAUUUAAAAUUUUCAUUUGUGAUGAAC